UAGUCUAUCUCAUUAAUUAUGUUCGCUACAAUUUACUUCUUAGCAUCUAUAGUUUAGAUAAUAGUUCUGUUAUUUCUAGUGACGAAGUACCCUUGUUAUUUCCCUUAAAUAUUUAGCCUAAUAACUACUAGAUUGCUUGAGCUUAUGCUAACCACGUAGGCUCACUUCGACUAACUCAUUUAGAUAGCCGGCAAGUGAUCUUAAAUAAUUUAAAAAACAAAUUAUCGCUAAGUUACUCGGUGUACACGUCGGUGCAGCCCUUUUGCUAGCUAAACGCUGUCAUAAAAUGACAAUGUGACUUUGUGGACGUUGAGCGGUCAGUGGAUUCCGUGAAAUUGUGUAAAGAUGUAUGCAAGGUCCUUGAUGGUGACGUCCAGAGAAACAACAAGUGGCUAAUCAUGACCAAUAACGUUGGCUGUAUCCCUACUAUAUUGAAAGAUGUUGUCGCCUAUGUUGAUGUGUGGUCAUCCAGUAAAACGGAGAACUACUCUAAACCUUUUAUCGAGCUGUUGCAGGAAAUGGGAGCAGAAGUCACAAGAAGAUUCAACAAACAAGUUACGCAUGUAGUCUUUAAAAAUGGCCAUCAAGCCACAUGGAACAGAGCCAAGAAAACUGGUGUAAGACUGGUGUCUGUCCUCUGGGUGGAAAGGUGUAAAGAUGAAGGUGAACAGGUGGAUGAAGAGUUGUGCCCUGCAUUAAAUGAGGAAGUCAAUCCUGCCUUCAAGAAAAGAACCCAUCGUUGCAUGCAGCCUAGAGAGACACCCGAGAAGACCCCUGAUGGUGACAAACGCAUGAAGAAAAAGCUAGACAAGAUGAUGAAAGAACUGGUGCCGGCCAAACCUCUCAUUACAGACGUGUCUCCUUUCAUCAUUGAUGAAGAUAAUGGGAUAGUUUACAGCCCCACUUUAAAAAGGUCGGACUCAAUGGCUCAGCGUCUGAAAGUAAUGAAAGAGAAGAGAGAAAAACUUUCACCCACAGCUUCACAGUUGGUAGAGUCAGAAUUAUCCUCUGACUGGAAACCUUCUCUUGAUAGUACACCCACAUGUACUUUCCCUCAGGUGCUUGAUAAUGAAUCAUAUGAUGACUUCAGCUCAUCUUCUGGGGCUCUGGUGAGAUCUGGCAAGAAACAGAAGACACAACAGAAACGCUGGCAGUCGCCUUGCAGUGACGUCCCACCAAAACAGAAAUCGUCCAUUUAUUCUCUUCCUGGUUUGUCAGAUGAAGUUAAAGAGUGCAAAGAAAGUAGAAAGCCAAGGAAAACUUCAGUAAAAAUUGUUCCCGUCAAGGUAGACAUGAUUUUUGGAUCCCCUGUGAAUUGCAGUCCAAAGGGGAGGCAUAGUGGACAAUCAGUGUUAGAAUCUGACAGCCUGGGCAACAGAAAACAUGGAUGUUCAUCUAGCGCAUCUAAAGAACUGAUAAGUACUUUUUCAAACAGUAGAAGAACAAAGUCCAAUGCAAACAAAGAACUGGAGAGUGAAAGUAUUCCUAGUUGCUCAGCAACAUCCACAUUCACACCGGAGAGUGGAUUGCCUCAAAACAUGUCUGGGGACAUUUUCCUUCCGUUACUAAAAGGGGGUGAACAAAGAUCCAAGCGUACCCGACCCUCUGGUUCUCCCAUAGCACAAUCCUCUGCAGAUCUUGUUGACUCUCCAAGUACUGUUCACACCUGUACCAAGGAGGAGCAGGAUGGUUUUGAUGAUUUCUUCUCUCCAGCUAACCACCCCCAGAGGCAACGCAAAGAACCCCUUUCACGCUGCUUGUCCUUAGGGACCAUGGUCCAGAUCCCCUUUAACCUUGAGUCUAGCCCUGGGAAGAGGAAGAAACGUAGGAGUGUAUCUGCCGGGUCAACAUUGACCCAGGUGAAAAGGAGGAAACAAGAUAAUAAGCUGGAUACAAACAAACACUCCUGUCAGCCUGCUAAUGUCAGCAGUGUCUUAGAUCAACAAAUGCCUCUUGGCAAGGCUGCAAAGUGGAUUCUAACCUCUACAGACCAUAAUAAUAUUAUAACAACAUUGGCUAAAAAACAAAUUAGACAGAGCUCAUUAUCAUUUGCUCAGAUUAAUGAAUCAUCUACUGGAUCUGUCACGACUAAGCCUUCAUUGUGUCAUGCUACUUCAAAAACCUGUGUAACUGUGGCUGGAGAAGACUUGGAAGAGCACAGAAGUCCAGACCAUCUGGAAACUGUUGGCAGAGGAACUGAGUGUGAUGCGGCUGAUACUGCUGCCAUGUCAGAGAGAAUAUGUGAGCAGAAAAGACAAGUUAAUGAGAAGGCCAAGAGAAUGGACACAAAAACUAAGACGAUGAGAACACUGGUCAUGACAAGCAUGCCAACUGAGAAGCAGCACAUUGUGAUCCAGGUGGUUAGAAACCUAGGUGGGUUCAGCGUGGUGGACAGUGUGUGUGAGAGCACCACCCACGUGGUAUCAGGAGGCCACAAACGCACUCUCAAUGUCCUCCUGGGAAUUGCCAGGGGCUGCUGGAUACUGUCUUUCAAAUGGAUUUUGUGGUGUUUGGAACAAAGACAAUGGAUUCCAGAAGAACCAUAUGAACUCUCAGACCAUUUCCCUGCUGCACCUAUCUGCCGUCUUCAGCAGCAUCUGUCUGCAGGGGAACACCAGCAGGAUCUCUUUCUCAGCCAGCCAACCAUGUUUGUUUCCCAGCUCUCGCAGCCACCCAGACAUAGCCUGGCGGAGCUCAUCCAGCUAUGCGGGGGCACCGUCUGCAAGACAGUCCGCCAGGCAGGCCUUUGCAUUGGGGAGCACAGGGGCAAAAGACCCGAGGGCAGCAAGAUCCUGUCGGAACAGUGGGUGCUGGAUUGUAUUACAUAUCUCAAGCAACUUCCCUAUGACAACUAUGAACUGCAGUGAAAAAUCCCACGUACUAUUAUUUUGGACUGUUACGAUACGAACUGUGACAAGGUCAUGGAAUGUUACAUGGACAAAGUCACCUGUGCUGGACCUAAAGACACUCAGAAGGAGAAUACAGAGACCCUACCUAUACAUUUGUUUACAAUAACCUUUUCCAUGAAUGUAACAAAAGGUGUUACCAUCGUUUUCUGUAAAUCCAGCUUUCAAUGUAUUGUGUUGUUGUACCUAUCUUAAUAAAACAAUGUCU